AUGGCUUCCUGUAUCAGAAAAGCCAGCCUCUGGCAUUUCCUGAGCUCUGAGGAGCAAAAAUGUGGGAUUCACAGGAAGAUAAAGAAGGUAUUCUGUGAAGUGAACAAGAGCUUACUCUGUUUGCUGUGCUCCAACUCUCAGGAGCACCAGGAUCACAGACACUGUCCCGUUGACUGGGCUGCUAAGGAAUGCGAGGAGAAGCUCAUAAAGAAAAUGCGGUUUUUAUCAGAAAAAGCUUGUGAAAAUCACAGAAACCUGAACAUGGAAACCACAAGAACCAGAGGCUGGAAGGAUUAUGUGAGUUUAAGGAUAGAAGCAAUCAGAGCUCAAUAUCAGAAGAUGCCGGCGUUUCUCCAUGAAGAAGGGCAACAUUAUUUGGAGAGGCUGCAAAAAAACGGCGAGGACAUUUUUCAGCAACUCAAUGAAAGCAAAGCCAGAAUGGAACAUUCGAGGGAGAUGUUAAGAGCAAUGUAUGAGGAGUUGAAGGAAAUGGGCUAUAAACCAGAUGUGGAACUACUUCAGGCUUUUGGAGACAUAUUAUACAGGUGUGAGUUACUGCUGCUGCAAGUGCCCAGGCCUGUGAAUCCAGAGCUCAGUACAGGGCCCAUCACUGGACUGGUGGACAAGCUCCGUGGAUUCAGAGUUGAUAUUACUCUGCAUCCUGAAAGAGCCAAUAGUCAUAUCUUUCUGCAUGGAGAUUUGAGAAGCAUGAAUGUUGGGUGUGACCCUCAAGAUGAUCCCCGUAUCACUGCAGCACCUGGAUGUUUUCUUUCAUGGGGUGCUCAGACUUUCACAUUUGGAAAAUAUUACUGGCAGGUUCACGUGGGGGACUCUUGCAAUUGGGCUUUUGGAGUCUGUAACAAUUAUUGGAAAGAGAAGAGACAGAAUGACAAGAUAGAUGAAGAGAAGGGACUCUUUCUUCUUGGAUACGUUAAGGAGGAUGUUCACUGCAGUCUCUUUACCACUUCCCCACUUGUGGUACAAUACGUUCCAAGACCUACCAACGAAGUAGGAGUAUUCCUGAAUUGUGAAGAUAGAACCGUGAGCUUUGUUGAUGUUGAUAAAAGUUCCCUUAUACACACUAUCACUAAUUGCUCCUUCUCACCUCCUCUCAGGCCUAUCCACUGCUGUAGUCACUUCUGAACAGAGACAAAUCAGAAAGGUGCCCCCAUGCUAUGGGAGCAACUUUAUCUCAGGAAGCUCUCUUUUUGUGCCUCAUCAAAGAGGACAAAUAAUUUAUAAUUAAUGUCUUUAGUUGCCUUCUAAUGUCAAAAGGCUCAAUAUUAUUUCUGUUGAAUGAAAACA